AUCAAAGUGAUUUUCAGUUGCGCCCAUAAUUCACACUCGGCUGUGCUCCUGCUCGGUCAGAAGGAGUUUUCGCCUUUGGUGCAAAGGGAACACGCUUGGCGGCGUUCGCAGAGUCCAAAGGGACAAAUUAUCGGCACUUCAAAGCACAGGGACUGGCGAGGCUCGCGGGGCUGACCAAUACCGCAUCAGCGGCGCCAUCUCAAACGCUGCCUGCGAGUAACUAUGAAAUUCGCGCGGCUAUUGCGGACGACGGCAGAAGAUCUGCCGGAGUUGCAGUGCCUCUUCCAUAUCUAUAAGCACCUGAAGAAGCAGCUCAAGCAACUUCCCGCCCGGGCGGAGGGCGCCAGCGCUGUGGGCCAGCAACUCAAGGCCGACGAGGGCACCACUGCCACCGCCAGCAGCGCCCCCGACGACGAGGAGGCGAAGUUCACGGUCGUGCUGACGGAUCACCUGCAGCGCUUGAAUGACCGCUUUCUGGAGCGAGAGGAGACCUGCGUCAUUCAGCUGGAGCGGCUGGAAGCCGAGGCGGCUCAAUGCACCGCCACCGCCAGGGCCGCCAGCGCAGGCCUGGCCGUCGCCACAGCAGCAGCGGCGGCAGCAGCCAAUGGCACGGCAGCACCUGAAGAAACAUAUACAGUGGGAGGCGCGCCACCGCAGGUCGAUGGCAAGGUGGCAGCGGCCGGCGAUGUCGGCGCGGUGGCGACCGGUGACGCGGCAGCGACAGGCGCGGGGUCGGCGGGAGAUGCGGGCGUCAGUCCGGCCGCGGCGGCGGCGGCAGUGGCCGCGGCAGAUAGCCGCGCGACGCUGAAGGCGGUGACGGAGCAGCGCGCACAGCUGUAUAAGCGCUUUGUCAACUUCCAUGGCGAGGUGCUGCUGCUGGUGCAUUGGAGUGUGCUGGCGUACACGGCCACUGUCAAGAUCCUGAAGAAGCACCACAAGCGCACCGGCCUGCUGCUGCGCGCGCCCCAGCUGGGAGACCUGCUCAGCCAGCCCUUCUGCUCCUCAGAGCUGAUGACGGGUCUGGCGCGCAAGGCCGAGGCGUGCAUACAACGCCUGGCCGAGCAGCUGGCCUCGUCAGCCACCUCAGACGGCACGGGCGGGACCGGCGACGGCACCGGAGGCGGCGGCGGCGGCCCGCAGGACACAGUAGACCAAGCGGCGCCGGGCGCUGGCGCGGGCCAGUGCACGUCCACCGGGAAGGCGGCGGAAGGGCACUUCCUCGGGGCGGGUGGCGGAGGCGUGAGCGGGGGUGCGGGCGGCAUGCUGCCCGACGGCGACUCAUACGGCGUGGCGGACGGCUCCAGCCCCAGCUGCUCGCAGAGCCUGGGCGAGCUGCCGGCCGCCAUGGGCGCCGAGGCCAGGCGGCAGCAGCUGAAGCGGAGAGCGCCGGCGGCCUCGCCGGAGGCGGACGCGGAGCGCGCUGGAGAAGACGGCGUUGGGGAGGCGGCGGCCACGGGGCCGUCCGGAGGGAAGCGCUCGGGGUUCAAGGCCCGGAGGGCCUCCAUCGGUGACGGCUUUGGCGAGGCUGCGGGACCAAGCAGCGACGGCGGCGGCGGUGCGGCGGGCGCGCAGCCUGGUGGCGCUUUCCUGCGGCACCUGGCCCGCCUCAGCGACAAUGCCAGCGCCGCCAGCCUGUCGGGGCCCAACGUGCUUGAGCAGCUCGUGGAGCUGCAGCAGAUUGUGGAUGAGUACGACAAGGAGGAUGACGAGGACGACGAGGACGAUGACACGGACGACAGCGGGGCGCUCGCGGCGGGUGCAGACGCCAGGACGCGGGCCGGGUCUGUAGCAGGCCCGUCCGCGGCAGUGCUGGCGGUGGGUGCAGACGCCGCGGCGGCGGCGGCUAGGGCGGUGGCGGUAGCUACGCGGCGCGAGACCUCCGCCCCAGCUGCUGACGCCACAACCGGCACAAGCGGCCGGUGCACGGCUACCCCAGGGGCUGGCAUGGGCGCGGGCGGCGGUGGCGCUGCUGCACCCAUGCAGCUGGACGGCACCGCGCCGAGGGUGGCAGCGGCACCGGGCGCCAAUGGAGUCAGUGGCAGCGGCAGCGGCAGUGCUAGCGGCGCAGCCGCACCGGGCUUGGCUAGUGUUGGCGCAGGGCAGGCAGCGGCCGCAGGGCAGCCCGGCGGCGGCAACCCUUCGGGGUCGCGAUCUGGGUCGGGGUCGGGACCCAUGGCGGCUGCGGCCGGCCCCGGGGCGCCGCUGCAAGGGCCAGCGGCGACAGUCGAUGCGCGGAAGGCGCCGCCACCUCAGAGCAGCAGCGGCAGUGCAGCAGCUGGGGCCGGCGCCGCCACCGGCGGCGCCGCCGCGAGCACUGGCGGCAUGACGGGCUCUGAAGCUGCCUUCGCUGCGCCGCUGCCGGCAGUCAAGGGCAACCUGCUGCGGCGCACGCAGGUUGCACUGACCAUGUGGGAGCACCUGCGCACCAGCGCCAGCACGCCUUCCACCGUCAUCGACCCGGCGGCGGGGCAGCAGGGCCACAGCCAGGGAGGCGGCGGUGCCGCAGCCACCGCAACGCCCGGCGGCAGUGCAGUGGAGCCCGGUGUGGGCAAGCCCGGCGGCGGCGAGACCCGCAGCAAGCGGCAGCGGGCGGCACCGGGCCAGUCGGUGGAGCAGGAGAGCGUUGGAGAUGACAGCGACAGCAACAGCGACUAGUUGCGUUGUGUGAUUGCGCACUGCCGCUUGGGCGCUCGGGCGUUUCGAGCGCGGGGCGCGCACUGCGCACGACUCUGCAAUGUAGGCUUCAUGGAGCGUGUGCCGUUCCGGGCAGGUUGCCCGGAUAUAGCCACAUGUGUGCUGGACGUACAUAGCAUCUUGAGGCUGUACACAUAUGUAAUGCUGACGCGCUGAAAAGCAUUUGGGUGUAUGCUUUCUCGCUGUUUGGCCCUUGCAGGCCGUGCAUUUGCGGCCAACUUACGGCCCAGACUUUUAUGUGUAUUCGAGGUUAUGCAUGUUGGACCGUGCUGUGAGGCGACUUGGGUACGCAUAUAUGCAGGGUAUACGAUGUGCGGUAAGCUUGGAUGUACGGUAAGCUAAGCCACGAUGUGCGGUUAGCCAAGCUACAAAUGUACGGUACCCACGCACCCACGGCGCUCGAUGCCAUGCAUUUCGAUGGAGGGUGGGGUACCAUACGGCCUCGAGUAUAGAGUGGAUGGACACCCCGUUUGGGUCUUCGUGUCCGUAAUACGUAUCCCGUUUCGGCCCAGGUAAUGUACAACCUGGGCAUGCAAGUGAAGUGUCGUACUUUCACGUGGCAUGCGCUCCGCUGAUCUUGAACUGCUGCACAUAGGCUGCCCGGCUGGUGGGCGCCCUUUGGAGUGCGACCAGGGUGGGGCCCCUUUGGAGGAAGAGGUCUCUCGGGCCGUGUUUCUUAAAGAUGAACACUGUAAGCGAUGGAUUGUGCGGAGUCGGGAUUGGCUGGGGGUGCAACAGUGACGGCCGUGGUGCGCCGACAGUGUGGGGGUGAAUGUAUGAGUUGGGGAACAGGGGUGGGAGAGAGCCUGCUUGCUCAAGUACAAGCUCGUGUGACCCGGCAUAGAGCCGCGUGUAAACAGGCCACAUU